UCUUCAAGUGAUCCAAUCAAGAAGUUACAAAAUUAAAGAAAAAAUGCGUGCUUUCAUCGUUUUGUGUCUGGUGGCUGUCGCUUGUGCCGAUAAAUUGGGCUACAACUAUCAACCUGUUGGCCACUCUGAUUCAGGACUAUCUUUCAAACCUGGCUCCGUUGGAGGUGGUGCCAGCUUAGGCGGUGGUUUCAGCGGUGGUCUCAGUGGUUCCAAUGGUGGUUUCAGCGGUUCCAAUGGUGGUCUCAGUGGUUCCAACGGUGGAUUCAGUGGUUCCAAUGGCGGCUUCGGUGGUCCUGUUGAUGGCGGUGUUGCCGCCCCCGCUGAAUUGGAAAAGGAAUUCUACACAUUCUCUGCCCCUGAAGGUGAAUUCGACGAUGCCAAUGCUGCUCAACGUGUUGCCGGUAGCUUGAAACAAGGUCUCCGUGUCAUCUUCAUCAAGGGACCCGAAAACAAAGGUUUGGAAGAUGCUGCCGUUGCUUUGGCCAAGAAUGCUGCCCAACAAAAGACCGCCAUCUAUGUCCUCAACAAACAAGCCGAUCUUGGCGAUUUGGCCAACAAGCUCAACAACCUCAGCUCCGGCAACAACCAGAAACCCGAAGUUCACUUCGUCAAAUACCGUACACCUGAAGAUGCUGCCAAUGCCCAACGUGCCAUCCAAAGCCAAUACGAUUCAUUGGGCGGUCCCUCUCGCAGCGUCAAUGGUGGUGUUGCUCCAGUCCUUAACUUCGCUUCUCAGUCUGCUCCUCACGCUCCCAGUGCCCAGACUCCCCAAAACGCUUAUUUGCCCAGCUCUGUCUUCCGUCGCGUCUAAAUUCAUUAGUUUAUGAUAGUUAAUGAUAAUUUAGGACCAUUGUUUUUGUUAUUAAGUUUUUGACAUUGUUGACUAAUGAUUAAUUGAUUGACUGUGAAUAAACGAAAAUUGA